UUCACGCCGCUUCUCUUCUGUUUCUAGUUUGAAUCGGUGCGGACUACAGGAGAACUCCCGGGUGAAGUUCCGCCGACGCUGCGGGUCACUGGAGCGGUUUGAACGGUCUGUCUGUCGGACUUGACCGCGUCGCGGGUUAUUUCGAACUCGCGGACGCGGCGACUGACCGGAGUGAUGCAACAUGGCAGCAACGGCUGUCCGCCGGGGCUUCCUGUCGGCGCUACGGACUCGAACCCGGGGCCAGAGCCGUGGACUGCAGUCAGCGAGCCGGGUGUGUGAGCUCAGCGGGGCGGAGGGGCUCGGGGCGCUGGACAGGGGGGCUCCCGGUGGGGGCGGGAGCGGGAGACGCGGCGGGCGGGACGGCGGCGGCAGCGGCGGCAGCGGGGCGCCGCUGCUCGCCUCCGUGUCGGUGUGUUUGGGGCUGUGCGGCUCGACGCUGCUGGACGCUCUCAGAGGAGAGGAGCGCUCGUCGCCCCGCUCCGGGAGACUCGUUGGAGGACAGGAGAUCAGGCUGAUUGACCGCCUGCUGCCCGCCGCUCAGUGCGCAGCGCCCUUCAGACCCGACAGCCCCAGAUAUAAAUACAACUUCAUAGCAGAUGUGGUGGAGAGGUCCACUCCAGCUGUGGUCUACAUUGAAAUCCUGGGCAGACAUCCGUUUUCGGGGAGAGAGGUCCCGCAGUCGAACGGCUCCGGAUUCAUCAUCAGCAGCGACGGUCUGAUCGUCACCAACGCCCACGUCGUGGCCAACAAGAGAGCCGUCCGCGUCAAGCUCAACAACGGGGACACGUACAACGCCACCGUGCAGGACGUCGACCCCGGGGCCGACAUCGCCACCAUCAAAAUCAAUGCCAGGAGCCCUUUACCCACGCUCCAGCUCGGCCAGUCGUCUGACGUCCGGCAGGGGGAGUUCGUGGUCGCCAUGGGAAGCCCCUUCGCUUUACGGAACACCAUCACAUCCGGGAUCGUCAGCUCGGUCCAGAGAGGCAGCAAAGAGCUGGGACUGUCCAACCCCAACAUGGACUACAUCCAGACAGACGCCGCCAUUGAUUUUGGAAACUCCGGAGGUCCCCUCAUAAUCUGGUGAGUCGGUGCGGACGGAGAGGUCAUCGGGAUCAACACCAUGAAGGUCACCGCGGGGAUCUCCUUCGCGAUCCCAUCCGAUCGCCUCAGACGGUUUCUAGAUGAAGCAGCCAAAAAGAAGAGUCCCAGGUUUGGGGAGUCAAAGCGGCGAUACAUCGGCGUCACGAUGCUGACGCUGACUCCCAGCAUCAUCGCUGAGUUGAAGUUGAGGGACCCGACGUUUCCAGACGUGACGCACGGCAUCUUCAUUCACAGAGUGGUCCUGGGUUUCCCAGCCGACAGAGCCGGCAUGCUGCCGGGAGACGUGGUGGUGGAGGUCAACGGGGUCAAGGUGGAGACCUCGGAGCAGUUCUACCAGGCCCUGCAGGGCAGCGGGAACAUCAGCAUGCUGGUGCAGCGAGGACGAGAGAGGAUCCGCCUGCAGAUGACUCCCGAGUACACCGAGUGAACGGCGCCACAACGCCAUCGGACACGAGCAGAAAACUGUGAAGGCCUCAGACUAUCAUCCAGGGUGUGGCGCUGAGGAGCAGGAUGCAAUAAAACUAUUUAA